ACUUAUUGCUCCCAUUACUAUGGUCUUGAAGUCUUGAAAUAUCUCAGUUUACUUCCUCAGCUCGUCAUUAUCGAUUUUCGAUGUUCAGCUAACAUUGCUUACGAUCGAUGGCCUGCACGCACUUCAAGUAAUAAUGAAUAUCUACGUGAGCCAAUACCAAAGAAACCGUUAUAA